AUGGGUAUCUACAGCAUGGGUAUCUACAACACGGGUAUCUACAACACGGGUAUCUACAACACGGGUACCUACAACAUGGGUAUCUACAACACGGGUAUCUACAACACAGGUACCUACAACAUGGGUAUCUACAACACGGGUAUCUACAACAUGGGUAUCUACAACAUGGGCAUCUACAACACGGGUACCUACAUCACGGGUACCUACAACAUGGGCAACUACAACACGGGUAUCUACAUCACGGGUACCUACAACAUGGGCAUCUACAACACGGGUAUCUACAACACGGGUACCUACAACAUGGGUAUCUACAACACGGGUAUCUAUAACACGGGUAUCUACAACACGGGUAUCUACAACACGGGUAUCUACAACACGGACACCUACAACACGGACACCUACAACACGGCUAUCUACAACAUGGGUAUCUACAACACGGGUACCUACAACACGGGUAUCUACAACAUGGGUACCUACAACACGGGUAUCUAUAACACGGGUAUCUACAACACAGGUAUCUACAACACAGGUAUCUACAACAUGGGUAUCUACAACACGGGUAUCUACAACACGGGUACCUACAACACGGGUGUCUACAACACGGGUAUCUACAACACGGGUAUCUACAACACGGGUACCUACAACACGGGUAUCUAUAACAUGGGUAUCUACAACACGGGUAUCUACAACACGGGUACCUACAACACGGGUAUCUACAACUACAACACGGGUAUCUACAACACGGACACCUACAACACGGGUAUCUACAACAUGGGUAUCUACAACUACAACACGGGUAUCUACAACACGGACACCUACAACACGGGUAUCUACAACAUGGGUAUCUACAAGACGGGCACCUACAACACAGGUAUCUACAACACGGGUAUCUACAACACGGACACCUACAACACGGGUAUCUACAACAUGGGUAUCUACAACACGGGCACCUACAACACGGGUAUCUACAACAUGGGUAUCUACAACACGGGCACCUACAACACGGGUAUCUACAACAUGGGUAUCUACAACACGGGUAUCUACAACACGGGUAUCUACAACACGGACACCUACAACACGGGUAUCUACAACAUGGGUACCUACAACACAGGUAUCUACAACACGGGUAUCUACAACAGGGGUAUCUACAACACCGACACCUACAACACGGGUAUCUACAACAUGGGUAUCUACAACACAGGUAUCUACAACACGGGUAUCUACAACACGGGUAUCUACAACACGGGUACCUACAACACGGGUAUCUACACACGGUAA